AUGGAGGCAGCCCCGGGGGCAGUUGUGACCAAAGACAUGUUUGUCAUGGAGAUAGAUGCCAUCUGCUACUACCGAAUGGAAAACGCCUCUCUUCUCCUAAGCAGUCUUGCUCAUGUGUCCAAAGCUGUCCAAUUCCUUGUGCAGACCACCAUGAAGCGUCUCCUAGCACAUCGAUCACUCACUGAAAUUCUUUUAGAGAGGAAGAGCAUUGCAGAAGAUGUAAAGGUCGCCUUGGAUUCAGUGACCUGUAUUUGGGGAAUCAAAGUGGAGAGAACAGAAAUUAAGGAUGUGAGGUUGCCAGCCGGGCUCCAGCACUCACUAGCUGUGGAAGCCGAAGCACAAAGACAGGCCAAAGUGCGGAUGAUCGCUGCAGAAGGGGAAAAGGCUGCCUCUGAGUCCCUGAGGAUGGCAGCUGAAAUUCUGUCAGGCACUCCAGCUGCUGUUCAGCUUCGAUACCUCCACACCCUUCAGUCUUUGUCCACAGAGAAACCUUCCACUGUGGUUUUACCUUUGCCAUUUGACAUGCUAAAUUUCCUGUCUUCUCCCAGCAAUAGAAUUCAAGGAAGCAUCCCCUUCCCAAAUCCUUCCAAACCUGUUGAGCCACUAAAUCCUAAUAAGAAAGACUCUCCCAUGUUAUAGGGUAGAUGGAGCAAAGAUAGUGUGACCAUAACGGGGCCUGCCAUAUAAAAGCCACAUCCCUGAGUGGAGCACUCUGUCCUCAUUUCCCACCCUUCCUUUGGUUGCCACAUGGAAUGCCCUUGGAAUGCAUGAUGUCACAUUGCAGCAACAUACGUGAGAAAACAGUGAAAUGAUAUGAUGACAGAGAAGGCAUAUAACAAGUUUAGGUGGAUCAUCUAAUCAGAAUAAUUAUAGGAAAGAGCUUUAGUCAACAUAUUUUGGAAACAAUUUUGAGUCUAGAUGUGGUUAAAUUUUGACUUCUGAAGACUCAGUUCAAAUGAGUCUUUUUACCGUAUGUCCUCUGGCCCCCUUGGCAAGGUUUUUGCAGCUCCCACAGCUCCCUUCCUGUGCACCCCUAUCAUUGUGCUUGUCACAUUCUAUUGGAAUCCUGUACUUAAGAUACAGGCUUCUCUCCAACUAUACUGCCAAUUCUCCAAAGGCAUGUCUCCAUCAUUUUCCCCCUACCACACUCAAUCUUUUUGCUCCACCCCAUAGUUCCUCACACCUAACCCUGAUAGUUGCACCAUAG